AUGCUGCUGCGUCGUCUUUACCUCGCCGCGGCCACCUUCGCCAGCGCCAGCGCGCAGAUCCAACUCCGCUGGUCAACCGAUCUCGGAGCGAACGAGAACAGGACCUAUGGUCCCGACGGGCCAUGGCAGGCGCCACUCCUCAAGCUCAACGACACUGAGAUGCCUCUCUGGCCGGGAGGCUCUGGUGUUUCUGAGAUCCUGACGAAAUCCGUAGGCGGAGAUUAUACGCCACGCCGCGAUACCCUCAAGACGGGGACUUCGAGAGCCUGGUCUGAUGGCUGGUUCGCCAGCGCCUUCAUGGGGGCGGGCUGGGCAGGAAUGGAGGCCUCGGACGGCAUGGUUAUCGACUCGAGGAUGGGAACCAGUCAUGAAAUCAAGGUUAACGUGACAUUGGUCGCCGCGACGUCGUGGAAUAGCUCUACCAAUUCAGACACGACUGCCUACGCGCCAACGGUCGGCACACUUGGUCUCGGGCUCAGGAGCGAGAGACACGAGACGGCCGGUCCGGGCAUCCUCGAACAGCUCAGAAUUUCAGGCGACAUUGAUAGGACCGCGUUCAGCGUGCACAUGGGGAGUGCCGCUCUUGGUAUUCCUGGAUCGCUAGUACUGGGCGGGUAUGAGCAGAACAGGGCGCUCGGUCAGGUUGGCACGUUUGCACUUCAGGACUCGAUACCGGUGAUGUUUCUCAGGGACAUCAUCUUUGACUUUCAGAUACGGAAUCAGUCAUUCUAUCCUAUUAAGUCGAACGCGAGCUUUUGGACGAAUCCAACAGACCUCGGCAUGCAGUAUACUAAGUACGUUGGCGGCGCUGCUGGGUCGGCAGUCGUGAUCCCGAACCCAGCUUCACCGUACAUCUAUCUACCGCCGGGGAUCUGCGAAGCCAUAGCAGAGAAUCUUCACAUGACCUACCAUAACAAGUCAGGGCUCUACCUCUGGGAUACUGACUUGAGCGCCCAACUAUUUGUCAACCAGUCAGCGUACCUCGGUUUCGUCUUGGCCGACUCGAGCGCAACGAACAUAACUAUCAAAGUCCCCUUCCAGCUCCUCAACCUGACAUUGGAGCCGCCGCUGGUCGAGCAGAAGGCGAGCUACUUUCCCUGCCAGUCCAUCAACUCGAGCUACGGCUUCUGGCAGCUGGGCCGCGCGUUUCUCCAAGCCGCAUUCCUGGCCGUUGACUACGAAUCCAACGUCACCUACAUGGCGCAAGCUCCUGGCCCACGGAUGGAGCAGAGCAUCGUGAAGAAGUUUGACGACUCAGCGAUCAGUACCAACCCGGCCAAGUCGUUCGUCACGACAUGGGGCGACGCCUGGGAUAAAGAGCAAGUUUUCCAGAGCUUCGACACCGGUGAUAAGGGAUUGACAGCUGGAGGAAAGGCUGGCAUCGCAGUCGGGGUUAUAGGCGCGGUCCUUGCGUUGGUAUGGUUGUUGCGCCGCCGGAGAAAGCAGAAGGGACCUGGUUCUCCGCCGGAUGCCGUCGACAAGGCUUUCUUAUGGUUGAACGGAAAGAGGGGCAAAAGUCAAAGGGCGCAGGUGGCGAGCCAGACGAGUUCGAUGGCCGAGAUGGGGGGAAAUGGGGAGAUACAUAUGAGGUACCAGGCGGAACCAAAGGUCCUGAGGGAAAGGAGCCACGUCAGUGAGUUGGAUUCGCGGUCGCCUCUCACUGAGAUGGGACCGCCACUUUCGCAUGAGAUUGGCUCUACGGAUCGACAUCCAGUUAGGCACGAGGCACCGGACGACCACAUGGUAUACGAGAUGCCCGCGAAUUCCGAAAGAACGCAUAAGGCACAAUGA